AUGAUUUUGAUUGACCUCCACUUCCUGAGACAGCCAGAUCCUCAGGAUGAGGAGGGGGAGGGUGGACAGGAGAGAAUCAUUGUGAUGACUCUCUUCAUUGAGUCUGUCCUGGCCGGGCUGCAGCGCCGGGACGGCGCCCUCAAGACUCUGGUGUACAAGAGCCGCUUCCAGAACGUGAAGCAGCUCUAUGCCCUGGUGUCAGAGACCCUGCGCUACUCACCCGUGCUGGACUCCAUCAUGGACGGGGCUGCCCUGCUGAAGGCUGAGAAGAAGCUGACCCCACACCUGGCCAAGGUGCUGGUGUACGACCUGCUCUUUGGCAAGGGUCUGAAGUGCGGGGGCCGCUGGAAAGUGCUGGUGUUGAAGCACCGGGCCCGGCUGCAGGCAGAGCUUGCCCGUCUCAAGGUGCGCAGGAAGGUGAGCUGCAACGAGGAUCUGCUGGCGCCCACAGAGGGGGUGAUCCAAGCCCUUCAAGUGCCACGCUAUGUCCGAGUGAACACCCUGAAAACUUGCAAGGAUGAUGUGGUCGACUACUUCAAACGCCAGGGCUACUCCUACCUGGGCAGGGCAACCAGAAUGGAGGAGCUGAGCUCCCUCUCAGGGAAGCAAUUCCUCUUGGAUCCCCACCUGCCGGAGCUGCUUGUCUUCCCGCCACAGACAGACUUCCAUGAGAACCGGCUGUACGUCGCAGGGCAUAUCAUACUGCAGGACAAGGCCAGCUGCCUUCCUGCCUUCCUUCUGAGUCCCCCCUCGGGGUCCCAUGUAAUCGAUGCCUGCGCUGCCCCCGGGAACAAGACCAGCCACAUGGCUGCCAUCCUGAAGAACAAGGGACAGAUCUUCGCCUUUGACCUGGACCCCAACCGCUUGGCCACCAUGAGCACCAUGCUGGUGCGGGCUGGGGCUAGCUGCUGUGAACUGGCCAAUCAGGACUUCCUGACAGUUGACCCCAGUGACCCAAAGUACAGCAAUGUGACCUACAUCCUCCUGGACCCCUCAUGCAGCGGCUCAGGAAUGGUGAACCGGCUGCCAGCUGAGGAGAGUGCCCCCAGCUCGGAGCGGCUGCGGGCGCUGGCUAGGUUCCAGCGCAAGGCCCUGAGCCAUGCUCUGCGCUUCCCUGCCCUCCAGCGCCUGGCUUACUCCACGUGCUCGGUGCAGCAGGAGGAGAACGAGGACGUGGUGUGGGAUGUGCUCCAGGAGCACGGCCCAGCGUUCAGGUUGGUAAACGUACUGCCUUCCUGGCCCCAUCGAGGCCUCGCCACCUUCCCAGGUGCUGAGUGCUGCCUCCGAGCCUGCCCUGCAGCGACGCUGACAAACGGCUUCUUUGUUGCCGUGCUGGAGAGGCAGCAGGAAUGCACCAGCCAGGGCUCCUCCAGCUCCCUUCCUGCCGAGGCUGAGGUGGACGGUGGAGCAGAGAGAUCCCAGGAUGGAGAGGGAAGGGGCCCUCGCUCCGCCCGCAAGAAGAGGCGGAAGAAGAGCCGGUGUGUGAAAUAAGGACUCGUGACGGGAGCUGCGGUGGCCCUGUGGUGGCAGCCUUCGAGCCAAGCUUCUGCCAGCUGCCUGCCUGUCCCGCUGCCGGAGCUCGGAGCCCUGAGGCAUCGGGCCUGUGCUGCUGGCAAGCUUUCCCUCCACGUGGCCGGUCAGAGCAGGCUGUUCGGGCAGUACAUGGUGCUGGCGAAGGGGGAUGUCUAACCCGCUGCCAGCCCAGCUGCUGGAGGGUGCUCUGGCCCCGGCAGUGCACCCAGCCUGGGUCAGGGUGGAAGUAAAGCUUUCCAACCUGUUU